AUAUACAUCGGUGUGCUGCUGUGCUACUGCCGCUGGUAGUGUGUUGUUGUUUGGUUCUCCCUUUGGCUUCGGCUCAAUCUCUCUCGCACGCUGUCUCUCUCUCUCUCUCUGUCUGUCCGUUUAUCUCGUUCUCUCUCUCUGGUUUCUCUGACCUACUGUCCCGUGUACUAUCCCCAUCCCGCAACCCCCAACAAGCUGUCAUAGGGCACCGUUUGUGUGUGUGUUUUUUUUUGCCCUUGCUGACGCGUGAGCGCAGUUGCAACUGCAUGCGAGCGCGCUCGCUCGCUGCACUGCUGCCAACAUGCUCUCCUACAUGCUGCCAGUCGAGGAAAAAUCGCCAUCCGCAGCGGCUGCAGCAGCAACGCGUAAUCUAAGCCUCAACCUGACCACAACAACCACCACAGCCGCGUCCGGUGGUGUCGGUGUUGGCAACGGCAGCGGUGGUGGUGCAGGUGCGCCAGGCAGUGUGGCCGGUGUAGCGAUCGGGCGCGACAGUUCCGGCGGCGCUACUGCGCCCAGCACAUCGUCCGCCCAGGUGCGCUCCAUCAUCAAGCCUACAAUCAAACACAGUGGCGGUGGCAGUGCUGCCAGCCAUCGCUAUCAGCUGAUCAGCGGCGGUUCGGGCGGCGGGUCCGAUGCGAAACUGGUAGGCGACUCCGGUGCCCCAGGCGGUGCGGCAGCUGCUACGGUCGGUGGUGGUGGUGGUCGUGACGUGCGGUCGGGCCGGGGCCGCUGGCAGGACGAGCCGGAGGCCGAUCAGUGCGACGAAAGCACCAACCUGCUGGCCGGUGCGGGCGCGGACGACGACGACGAGGACGACCGGGACGCGAUCGACGAUCGGCCGCGGCGCGGUGCCGCCGUCAAGAGUGACAAAAACUUUAACAACCUGAUCGUGGUGCCGAACGGGCGGCACGGCAAACCCACCAACGGCAACCAUGCCGGCCCGCCGGCCAAGCUCGCGAGCGUGCUAAAGCCGACGAACGGUGUCGGGUCGAACGGGCGGUCGGGCGGUAGCAGCGGUGGCGGUGCCACCGGUGGCCACACUGGUGCCUACUACAAUGGCUACCUAGCCGUCAGUGGCGACAACGAUGACGAGCACCAUCGGCUGCUGGUCAGUGCGAACAAUCUGCGAAACGCGAGCGGCGACACGCGGCCCGAGUGGUCCCCGCAGGGCCGAACGAACGGGUGCGGCCCGGCCACAACCGAGCCAUCGGGCCGGCCGGCUUCCUCCUUCGCUAGUGGCGCGCGCACCAACGGCAACUGCCGCACGAUGAACAGUCUGAACGGGAACCUGCUGGGGUCGGACCCGCCAGCCGUCGCCCCGUUGCCCCUGGAAACGACAGACAUUGGUGAUGGUGGUGGUGGUACCGGGGGCGCGGCUGACGUGUCCCUCGGCAGUGACUCCGACUCGGCGACAGGGGCAGGUGGUACCGGGUCGGCCACCGGCGGGGGCGGCAAGAAGGUGAAGCUAAACAAGCUCGGCGGCAACAAGAACGUCACACUGAAAAGAGUAUCGUUCGGCUCGUCCAAAGGUUCGAUGGUGGAAACGCUGGUGUUCGAGACGCCCACCCCCCUGCCAGAGCACGCCGAGCGGGAGUUCUUUCAGUCGCCGGCCGUGCUGGCCGGCGCCGGCCACACAACCGUGUACAGCGGGGGCAGCGGCCCGCCCGGCACCACCCUGGUGCACCAUCACUAUCCGGCCCCGGGGCUGGCGCACCAUCCGCAUCACCUGCCGCACCAUCACCAUCCGUACCAGCCGCAGUAUUCCGGGGGCUACCACCAUCCGCUGGACGGUGGCCCGGGCACAGGAGCAUCGCACGAUGACAGCGGCAUCGAGCUGCAGGAAGAAGUAGAGCGCUCGAAGGUGCGUGUAUCGUUCUUCCAGAGCAGCAAACCGCAAUCAAUCAGUCCGCCGGAGUCGCUGCACCUGUACGGUGGGCAAAGUUUGAUCCAUUUCGGUAACGGCGGCGGCAGCGGCGGUGACGGCGGCUAUGAUAACAACAACUCGCCGCUAGACACCUACAUCACCUCGGCCGCGCUCAACCAGCAGUACGACGCGCUGUCCAGCCAUCAGCAGCAGCAGCAGCACGCACACUUUCAUCCGGACCACCGGGAUCCCGACAUGGCGGCUGUCUACGGAGGUGCCAACGUGCCGCCAACGGCCUUUAACCGACAAAUGAGUACCGAGUCAGGCUGGGACAAUCCAUUCAGACCGGGCGGCGACCUGUCGAGGGAGGCGGACGAAAUAGUCAAUCUGAUCAAAGGUGGCAAACCGAUCACACCAACCGGCGACCAAAGUUUAGUGAACGGCAGCACGCCUAAGGACAGCCACAGCACCGACGACCCGGACACGACGGUUGUGGACGGUGCGGUAGCAAAGCACGAGGCCUCGCAGCUGCAGGCGGCGGCGGCCCAGCAGAACGGCACCAAAUCGCCCCACAAAUCGCCCGGCACGGCCGCCGGUGGUGCCGCCGGUUCGCCCGCGCUCGGGGCGAAAAAUGGCACGACCGGGGCGGACGGCAGCACGGUCCACAGCAGCACGACACCGAUCAGCAACCAGGUGAUACCCGGUCCCCAGUCCGCGUCGCACGUCGUGAUCGACGAGAAGAAGAAGAAAAAGUGCACCUGUUGCGUUAUACAGUAAACAGAACCCCAAACCCCACCCCUCCCCUCCUAGUCCACACACACACACACACACGCAGGAGCACGGGGCUGUUUGGUGGGUGCGUUGCGAGCGCGCGUGUGUGAGCGGGUGUGUGUGAGUAAGAAAAGGAAAAAGAGAGAGAGAGAGAGACAGAGAGAGAUAAAGAGAAAGAAAGAGAGAGAGAAAAUAGGAAAAGCAACAAACGUGGACGUGACGAAGGAGGAAAUAAUAACCCGACCCCGUUCUCUGCGCUAUAUAUCGUUAUACAUAUGCAUAUAUAUAUAUAUUUAUACGACCGCAGACGACGAACGUACGGGCACACUCGAUGGAACCCAACCCAAAUACAUGAUAUAUUAGCAAACAAAAAAAAACAAAACAAACAAACAAACAAAAACAACUCACACUCACGCACGCACGCACACGAACGCAUGCACGCACCAGCAUCCUUUCUCUCUCUCUCUCUCGCUCUCUCCCUGCAAAUGGCUGCGGCAGACAGCGAAAGGAGCCCGCAACGCCCCCAUCGGAUACCCUAAAUUACUACGUCUUCUUCUGCUGUGAGUGCGGGCGCGGAUCGAGAAGAGGGUUUUAAUGCUAAGAAAAAUCACCUUGCUGCUUGUUUGAUGUUAGGAAGAGUAACACACACACACCCACACACACACAUACCGUGGCUACUAAUCGUGCUGUAGACGUGUGAGAGCCCGAGAAGCUGCUCCACCUUGAAGGAAAGCAAAACCACACAUAACCACCUGAAGGACGAUGAAGGAUUGAACGAGACAAGGUGGAGCUUGUAAGGGAGAAUGCGAGUUAAGUGUGUGUGUGUGUGUGUGUGUGUGUUUGUGCGUCUGGGUGUGCGCAACAUCCCAACACACACACACACACACACACAUACAUAGGUACGUGUGCACACAGUGCGGUGGCGCUAGAUGAAGCCAGGGCAAGGCAGGCGAUAGGAGCAUAGUGCUAGCGUAGUAGCGCCAAGGAACAGGCAAGGCGGCCGUUCCUUGGCCCAUUCUAACAUUCUUUGCACCAAAUGUCAACCUUCACUUUGCUCUCUUUUUGUUAUUCUUCCAUUGGAUUUCCCCUCUUUAUUCUUCUUCCAUAACUCGUGCUGCUGCCUACUACUACGCGGUGACGAAUGUGGAAGAAUUGUAACUGAUCAUACCUACCCCGUACUUCCAAACUCUUCAGCUGUUUCCUUUCAUUGCCUGUCCCGUUUCGCUCGCACACAAAGUGUUUCGCAAAGACGUCUCUUGUGUAGUUCAGAACAACAACAAUAAAAACAGAUUAAUACUAUCGAUAGAGAGAUAGAGAUAGAGAUAGGGAAAGAGAUGCAUAGCGACAUAGAGAGAGAGAGAGAGAGAGAGCUAGAAAGAGAGAAAGAAAAGGAGAAAAUUUUAUCGUGUACUCUGACAGCAAAAGUAUUUAUUUUACUUUUAAAAUAAACUUACCCAAAAAAAAACAACAACAACAAAAACAAAAACGAGCCCUGCUAUGAUACGUCAUUCUUUCCUUUUGCUUUCGCGCCUUUCCCGUUGUCUCCACCGCUAGACUAGUAAGUAAUGGCUGGCUAGGUGCGAGAAACAGACUGUAGAAAGGGUUCAGAAUGCACCGCACUGUGCCACUGCGUGUCUGUAUGUGCGUGUGUGUGUGUGUGUUUGUAAGUGUGUAAUCUGUGGGUGUAUGUGGGUGAUUGUGAUGUAAAGCAUUCAUGUUGUAAUUAACUCCAACAGUGGUAUAUCUACUUUAGUUUUCGUUUUAAAUACUUUAAACACUUCGUUUUUUUUUUUAAACUGACUGACCCCAAAUCACCUUGCUUUGCUUGCGCCACCUCGUGCGUUUGAGGCACAGUGAGGGCUUUUGUACCACCACGCCUGUACCCACAAACACACAUGCACACCCUCACACUACUAUACCCGGACACUCCCGAAAGAAAUUUACAGGGUGUGCUUCCUGAGUAAACCAAACGAGUAACUAUUUUUACUAUUUAGAAAUGUUUAGUAUUAAAAAGUGACGGGGAGGAGGGGGUUGGGGGAGAGGAGAGUAAGCCGAUGCACGUCCACAAACGUACACCGUCAAAAAAAAAAAUAAUAAUUGCAUACUGCAACAACGUGAAGGCGGCGAAUGGGGCUAUUAAAAAGUAAAAGCAAAGGUUAUUUGUAAGAGAAAUGCAGCGGAUCUAAAAAUGGAAAAAUGGUGAUGAUAUAUUGGCGCGAACAGGCGAAGGGCCGGAGCAUCAUGCCGGAGCUAUUUAUUUAACGCAAACCGUAAUAAGAAACCCAAAAAAAAAAGGAAAAGGGAAGGCACAGAUACUGUUUAGGAGGGGGUGAAAUUAAAGAUGGCAA